GAAAAACUUGAUAUACAAUUCCGGAUUUGCAAAACUGAGGGCAGUCUUUCUAGAGUACUUAGCGUGUGCGGUCGUUUAUAAUAAUGGCGGACCUUAAAUCGAGUUUAUUUGCUUUCUUUCUAAUUUGCUUUUGUUGUUGUAAUGUAUUCACAGUAGCUUAUCGUCAUUAUUGUAAAGAAAAUCGCAGUUAUGGACAAUGUGAAUUGUAUGAAAACUGUGCAACGCUGCGGGGAAUUCCAUUAACCGAUGAAAUGAGAAAUAACACAGAUUGCGCAAAAUCCGGACUUAGUGGUGACGUUGUCUGCUGUUUACGAAGAAAUAGUAUAAGAAUUAGAACCACGACACCUGCAACAAUCCGAACAACAACUAGAAGAAUAGUUUACACAACACCCACGACACCAGCAACAACACGAACAACAACUAGAAGAGUCUAUACAGCACCCACGACACCUGCAUCAAUACUGGAAAAGGAAUACAUAAAUCCGCGUGGACUCGCUUUACUCAAUCAAAACAAAUGUGGGAGUUUAAAUAAUGAUCGCGUGGCUAAUGGCAUUGAUGCUAAACUGGGCGAAUACCCGUGGACUGCUUUGCUACUCUAUGCGGAAAAGAAACCACUGUGUGGUGGUUCCGUUAUAACCGAUCGAUUUGUUUUGACAGCUGGCCACUGCAUUCGAGACGAUUUACAAUUAGUGCGUUUAGGCGAACAUGAUUUGUCAACCGAAUUAGAUUGCUCAGCAGCGAUUUGUCAAAGAUGUGAUGAAUUUGGUAUAGAUCCACAACAGAAACCAUUUAUACAUCCCGACUACGAUGACUCGACCAAAUACAAAGAUCUUGCUUUGAUAAAACUUGGUAGGGCUAUAGAUUUUCAAGCUUACAAUAAUAUAAAACCAAUUUGUUUGUCAAUAACACCAAGUGAUUGUAAUGUGUCACCAAGAGAUAUCCUAGUGUUAGCUGGAUGGGGACUAACAAAUGACGGAAGCCAGGCUCAAAUUCUUCAGAAGGGUAUUCUCAGACCUGAAACAUUAGAUGUUUGCCAAGGCUUUUACCCAUAUCAUACGAUUGACAGUUCAAAGCUUUGUAUUAAGUCUGGUAGAAACCAUACCGCAUCUUGUCAAGGCGAUUCUGGUAGUCCAAUAUUUUGGAAAACCAAAUACCCUAUAGGCAGAUUCUGGGGAUGGCAUUAUACACAAAUUGGUUUGGUAUCUCUUGGUUUUGGUGGUAGAUGUGGCGGUUUAACAUCAGUGCCAUUUAUAUUCGAAAAUGUCACAGAUUCCUUGGCAUGGAUAACCAAUACUAUUCUAAAAUGAAGGCAUCCGUAAUAAAGUAUUUAAAGUAUAUAGGUCAUACUAAAAUAAAUAAUUUGUCUAAUCUUGACGUAAAUUAUAAA